GCGGCUCUGCACCUGGGCAUGCACGGGACGACAACGACUGUUGAAGGCUCCGGGUUACACGAAAUUGAGGGGGAAUAGGCCUUCACGGAAACUCACGAAUUGGCACCCCUUCAUCGCUAUGUCAAACGGCUGUGGAUUUCCCAUGCACACAAAAGCGCAAACAAUCCCUUGUUCGAGGUUCCUGAUCCAUCAGCACACUACUAUUUCGAAAGUUAACUGCUGCAAUUGCCCCAAAAUAACUCGAUCUAGACGUGCCAUCUCAGGGCGGCAGCUUUGCCCAUUCCGGCUAAAACGAUCUCUACGCGGCUCGGAAGCUUGUCACCAGGGCACCGUGCGCCUAAGCGCACAGAUGUUGAAGAUGCUGGAGAGCCAAUCACCUUUCCUUGCCCUAUUUUUGGCUAACCGUGGCGCUAAACAACAGAACGGUUGGAGAGAGAGGGAACUGGACGGGUGUAUGUAUAUAUGGGAAGGAAGAGGGCGUUUAAGAAUGUUUCCUCUCGCAUCCAGCCGUCAAGGAAACGUCCAGGGGUUUCUUCUGUUGUUUCGGUUUCCUUGUUGUUUCGGUCUCUCGCCUUUCCUACCCUUCCUCUGGAAAAGUUUGGAAUACUCGGCAGCCCUCAAAUCGACCUGAACGUAUCCUACGCGGAAAUUCUAUCUAUUUGCGAAGGGUUAAGGAAACUCCACGUUUUUUCAUACGCCAUCAGCAAUUCGAUUUCCACACCCCAGAUACCAUGACUUUCA